AUGAAAAAUAAGGAGAAAAAGAAGAAAUCCGGCAAGAAAGCGAGAGAAGAAAAGGCGAGAAAGGUAAUAAUUCGUUUGAUUUUCGAUAUUUAGAUAUCAAAGCUUAUUCGAAUGGACAAGAUCAUGUUGGCAAUUGAUAAGAAGGUCAAUAUCUUUGGUUUUUUGCCUCAAAAAUGUCCAAAAACUUACAAAAUAUUACUCAAAAUUCAAGAAAAUGUCUAAAACAUGAAAACUUUAUUUUUAAAAUCAAAUUAAAAUAUUUCGAAACGUGGAAUUGGAGAAUGAGUACCAUUUUCACAAAUUCACUUAUUUUCAUGUCCCACAAUGAAACUUUCGAUCUAUUCUUGAGAUGCUUGGUUUAACCAAGCAGCUUCAAGUGGAAGAUCAAGAGGUGGUUAACUUUUUCGUAUUUUAUUAUACUAUUUUAAUAACUUACACUUGAGGUUAUUAUCAUUAUUUUACUACUUAAAAAAGCCAUCUUUUAUCAAAAUUUUAGGCGUUUUUAUCAAAAAUUCACUUUUUUACGACCAAUUUUCUAAAAAAUUCACACUUUUAAAAACGUCAUCCAAAACGGAUUGGCGCUUUUUGUUGCCAAAAGGCAAGAGGAAAAGAUUUAAAAAAUACAUUUUUUAUCAAAUUCUGCCGCCAAUUAAAAUUUUAAAUUGAUUUUGAACUUUUAGAGGCGAGAUUCUCUGUCCGACGCACCCGUUACCUCGUCGGGCGGCUCGGAACAAUCCUCCGCCGACGGGCACUACGACGUUGUUGACGACGAUAGUUGGUCUGAAGCUCCAACAAGUUCCAAGUGUAUUUUUCCAUCGCCGUAAGUUAUAUUUUUGUUUAUUUUCUUCUGUUUUUAGGUAAAAUUUGAAAAGAAGUAUAUCUGAUGUUAUUCAUUAGGUGUUGUGGUUAAUUCUGCUGUUGCUUAUGAAUGUAGCGGGCUUAAUUGCUGCUUAUCAGAUUAAUUAGAGUCUUAGCUUUCGAAUGAUGUCUAAAUUGACAGAUUUGAAAGUUGUUAACUGGGCUUACUGAUUUAUUUUGUGUAAGAGGGUUAGGUAUCAUGGUCAAUAUAUUAUAAGUCGUUUUUUUGAAAAUCUUGAUAAAUAUGGUUUAAAUCUAUAAUUUCAAUAGGUAAUAUAGAUUACAAAGCUACUAAAUUAAUUUAUUUUGUGGGAUCUUACAUCGAUUCACUAGGUAUACUAACUAAUUUUAGUUAACCAUCAUCAGACUUGAUGUUUAAUAUUUUAAACCAAUUUUCAAAAACUUUUAAUGUUCUUAGAAUUUGGGGAUGUUUUUAAUAGUUAAAGUUGAUUUUCACGAUUGUAAAUACAUAAGUUCUGUAGAGUUUUGGGUCAUAAUCUUAAAGUUUCAUCAAAUAAUAUAGUGAACAAUAUCUAAACCAACUUAUAACUACGUUUUUUAGCAAGGACGACGCACUUGAUCUGUUUAAAUAUUCAAAAUAUUUUGAACAGGCCCAGUUAUCCAGAUAUAUGGCGAAUAUGCAUGGAGUAAGUUGAGUUUUUGUAUUCAAAAUUAUCUUUUAGGACAACGACCCAUCCGUUGCCUUCUGGCUAAGUAUGUUCCGUGGAGUGUUCGUAAAAGGGGACUGCGAAAUGUUUUUGGGCUUAUGUCGAGCUAUGCGAGCACCAAUGAGUAGAGCCGACUUGUUUUUCCGAGAUUUAUCCGAACCAGAGCUACUUCAACACAUCAUCAUUCAUGUGGCGGACUUGCUGUUAACACUGAAUGAAACUUUAUUCACGUUGUUGGUUUCUCCGCAACAGCCUUGCUUAGAAACCAUGCAUGGGCAUUGCAAGUAGGUUUAUUUAUGUUGUUUUUGGGAUAUCUGGCCUUAUUUGAUGUAUAAAGGUUACUGCUUUUGUAAGGGGUUAUUUUUGGUCAGAGGUGGUAGAUUAAUAUCGAGUUUUUUGAAAGUUUAAGGAAGGUAGAACAAAAUGUUAUUAGACUUUUAAAAAGGAAGGCAAUUAACAUUGAUUUCACAUAGUUGAAAAUCAGAAAGUAUUGGUUACAUUUUGACAAAGAUACGACUGGGUUUUGAGUUCCUGUUCAAUAUUGUUAUAGGUUAGAUGUUUGUAUGGAUUGUGUAAAAAAUAAUCAAAUAAUUUGUAUUGAUCUUAAGCUUAAAUAAAAGCUAAUAGUAUUUAGUUUACUGCAGUAAAAAAGUAUUUUACUACUACUUUUUACACUUGAGAUAUGUGAUUUUUUAAGUUUCACCUCGAUAUUUUUAUAGGGGUCCAUAAUAUCGGAUGUUUCGGCAGGUUGAACUAGGGUUAAUAAUACGUUUUUAGGCUUAAAUUAAAGCUAAAAGUAUGUAGUUUACUAUGUUAGAAAGCCAGUUUAGUUAAGCUCUCUAUCUUUCAUAUACAGCUCGUUUUCUUCUACCAUACCCAUAUUAUACUAGAUCAAACAUUUUUUAUUUACAUUUUUUUCAGAUUAAUAGCCUUUCUGGGUGAUAUGUGUGAUAGAAAAACGCUUCAAGCGACUCUACACCAUAAAGAUGCGGAUGGUCGAACGGCACUCUAUCUGGCAGCACAAAAUAACCAUACAUGUAUAGUACACGUCUUGUUGGAGCUUGGAGCAGAUCCGAACACGCGAAACGGACGUGGUCAAUCACCGGCCUACGAAGCGAUGAGAAAUGACAGUUAUGAGAUUGUAAGGAGAUUUUGAAAUUAUUUUAUGGUGUUUUAUGUUGUAGUAGGUGAUUUGGUGAAAAAUUUUUUUUGUGAAACGGUCCUUUUUGAUUUUUUUGGAAUUUUUUGGUUUUUGGAAAGUUUAUGGCUUAAUAAUGGCUUUUAGUAUAUUGUUUAUUAUAGUCCACACAAGAUUUUAAUUUUCAGCUAAACGAAUUGACCUUUUACGGUGGAGACCUGUCCUAUGUCACAUACAAUCCACAAGACCUCAACUUUUUGGAAGCUUCCGUGAACUAUGACGUGCCAUACAUAAAAACCUGGGUAUCACGCAGACUAGACGCUAUGGAAAAGCGCUUCCGAGAAUAUGUUGCCCAAGCCACCAGCGAUUCGAUCACCCUGAAGCCGGACACAAAAGUCUCGUCAUUGCAUGUGUUUCCAAUCACCAAAAACCUGGAAUACGCAUUCGUUGGGGACGUGAAAACGCAGACGAUGAGAAGUAUUGACUUGGAAAUGCUACGGUUUGAUGGAAUGGAGAAUCCGGUGGGUUUUGGAGGGAUUAAUGAGGGUUUGGGCUUGAAAAUGUGGGGAUGAGAUCGGGAAAAAUGGUCAUAACUUUUCGGUCGGAAGAGAUGAUGAUAUGAACUUUAUGUUAUUUUGUAGCUAAUUGUAUUGUACUUAAUCAGACUAUUAGUUUUUCUUACUUUAAGCCGGAGCCAACCUGGGCGAAGCUAUUUUUCUUUAAUUUUUUCGAAAAAAAAGGGGAAAUAUAGGGAUGAGGUCGGGAAAGAUUGCCAUAACUUUUUGACCGGAAGCCCUGGUGGUAUAAGUGUGACAUUAUCUUAUAGUUAAUAGGUUGGCAGUUACAAAUCAAAAAGUUUUUUUCAGUAUCUGACGCCAAAGAUUCGAGAAAUGAAACUUUUUUUUGUAAUUUUGGUUUUUUUUGUGAAAUUUUGAUGACUAAAACAUUAUUUUUUGAUUAUUUUUGAAAAUUUGUGAAAGUUUAGGACUGUAUUCGAAAAGAGAAGGUUAAUUAAGGUUUUGUGGUGUUAUGUAGUUAUAUUUUAUGUUUUUAGGUACUGUUCUUCAUUCCGUUUUGUCACCUGAAACAGAAUGUGGACCCGCCGGCCGAUCGUUUGAUGACGAACCGAGUAACGCUGUUCCACAACAAUAGGCAAAUGGACGUGAUUUUCACACGUCCAAUGUGAGUUUUAACAAUUUUUGGCACUUUUGGGACAUUAACUUUCCAUUUGACAAUUUUUGAAAAUUUGAUUUUUUGCAAACUGCGCCCUAUGAACCACGACCUGCGUCCUAUAAAAUUGAAUUUUUCAACGAUAAACUGUUUAGUUUGUUGAAAUGUAGUAAAAAGAUGACAAUUUUCAAUUUCAGUCUGUCAGCAACAACGGGUAUUUGCGAAAUGGUACCCAUCGACGAUGGUCCCGCUCACAAUGGUCAUAUCUACGCCUUUCGAAUACCUCACACACUAUUAACGGGUCAGGAACAAGGACAAAGUAGGUUUUUGGGUUUUUAUAGUUCUAAGGAGAUAUAGUUUGAGUGUUUUUAGCAUUUGGAUUUUGAAUUUUGAAGAAAUUUUUGUGGAAAGAAAGUUGUUGCGGUUUUCUAAUUUUUCGAAAUUUGAUUGGAUUUUGGUGGUAGGGAUGUGGAAUGAGUGUAUGGGAGUGGUGAAAAAUUUUUAAAUUUACUAAAACCUUUUUUUCGGUUGAUUAUUUGCUGGAAAGAAAGUUAUUGCGGUUUUUGAAAUUUUAAAAUUAUUUUAAUUUUGCCAUUUCAGAGCCUCGAUUCCACGUGAAUUUACUGCUGGAGCUGCAGCACUUUACCCAAGACCAGCUACGCUACACGCACUUUAUGAUGCAGGCCUACGACCUGCGCCCACAACUCUUGGACACCAAAAAGAAUGUAUAA